AUGUCCAAAACUUUAUCUUUGCAACUUCCAUGGGUUGAGAAAUACCGUCCUCAAGUCUUAUCCGAUAUAGUUGGUAAUAAAGAGACCAUUGAUAGACUUCAGCAGAUCGCUAAAGAUGGUAACAUGCCCCAUAUGAUCAUAUCUGGUAUGCCUGGUAUAGGUAAGACCACUUCGGUACAUUGCCUUGCCCACGAGCUCCUCGGCAAUUCCUAUGCUGACGGUGUUUUGGAAUUGAACGCUUCAGAUGACAGAGGUAUUGAUGUCGUCAGAAACCAAAUAAAACAUUUUGCCCAAAAGAAACUACAUCUACCGCCAGGGAAACAUAAAAUUGUUAUUCUUGAUGAGGCGGAUUCCAUGACUGCGGGUGCUCAGCAAGCGUUGAGAAGGACCAUGGAACUGUACUCUAAUUCUACGAGGUUUGCAUUUGCUUGUAAUCAAUCAAACAAGAUCAUCGAACCGCUGCAAAGUAGAUGUGCAAUUUUAAGAUAUUCUAAACUAUCAGAUGAAGACGUUUUAAAACGUCUCUUAGAGAUCAUAAAACUUGAAGACGUAAAGUAUACAAAUGAUGGGUUGGAAGCAAUCAUUUUUACAGCCGAAGGUGACAUGAGACAAGCAAUAAACAAUCUACAAAGUACAGUAGCAGGGCAUGGUUUAGUGAACGCAGACAAUGUCUUCAAAAUCGUCGAUUCUCCUCAUCCUCUAAUAGUGAAGAAAAUGUUACUAGCCUCCAACCUAGAAGAUUCAAUUCAAAUCUUAAGAACGGAUCUUUGGAAAAAAGGUUAUUCUUCGAUUGACAUCGUGACAACAUCUUUUCGAGUUACUAAAAAUUUGGCACAAGUGAAAGAAUCGGUAAGGUUGGAAAUGAUAAAAGAAAUUGGUCUUACUCAUAUGAGAAUUCUGGAGGGUGUUGGAACGUACUUGCAAUUGGCUAGUAUGUUAGCAAAAAUUCAUAAACUAAAUAAUAAAGCCUGA